AGCGUGAGGAGGCUGAACGCAUUGAACACGAGCAGCGAGAGGAGGAGGAUCGGGAGUACCAGGAGCGUCUGCGCAAACUCGAGGAGCAGGAACGAAAGCAGCGCGCUCGUCAACAGGAGAUCGAGGAGCGGGAACGCCGUCGUGACGAAGAGAAACGGGUCCCAGCGGAGGAGAAACCCAAGGAUUGGAGUGAAAAGGAGGUUGCAAAGGACACUGAGAAGGAGGAAGGAGGAGGAGGGUGGAGGAAGCGCACGGCUUUGCCUGACAAGGAAAAGAGACAGGAGGAUGACACCGAGGAAAGAGAAGCUCCUGUCAGGCGAGCGGAAGGUUUCCGCAGGGAUGGAGAAGACAGAGGACCCCGUCGGGGGGGCUUCGAUGACGACAGAGCCCCCCGCCGUGGCGAAAAUGAGGACCGCCCAAUACGCAGAGGCUUCGACGAUGACCGUGGUACACGUAGAGGUUUCGAGGAGGACCGUGCCCCGAGGCGUGCUUUCGAUGACGACCGUGCCCCGAGGCGUGGCUUUGAUGACGACAGAAGUUCUCGCAGAGGCACGGAUGACACCUGGGGUCCCAGGAGAGGAGGAGGAGAUGAUGAAGAGAAGGGUGGAAAGAGAGGCGUUGAAGAGGCUCCACGUCGUGGUGAGGAUGACAAAGCACGGAAGUCCUUGGUCAGGCCUGGUGGUUGGCGUGAGCGAGAGAAGGCUCGCGAGGACAGCUGGGGUCCUCCAAGGGACAAGUCCAGGGAGAAAGACGAUGAUACUGAAGAAGAGCCCAAACCAAGCGAGCGGCGUCCAGUCAAAGAGGAGAGUGUCUGGAGGAGACCCGGCACAGAGGAAGGAGGAAGCAGCUGGAGAGACUCUCGAAAAGAGACCGCUGACAGUGAUGAUCGUCGAGGAGGGCGUGAGGAGCGUCAGAUCGAGCGUCCGCGUGUGGAGCGUCAGAUCGAGCGUCCUGCCGAGCGUCAGAUCGAGCGUCCUGCCGAGCGUCAGAUCGAGCGUCCUGCCGAGCGUCAGAUCGAGCGUCCUGCCGAGCGUCAGAUCGAGCGUCCUGCCGAGCGUCCUGCCGAGCGUCCUGCCGAGCGUCCAGCCGAACGUCAGAUCGAGCGUCCUGCCGAGCGUCAGAUCGAGCGUCCGAUCAGAGAGAGCCGGGAUGAGCGUGAAGUCAGAGCCCCACCCAGAGAAACAGAGGAUGGAGCUUCUUGGCGUCGUGGAGGCGAGGAGAAGCGGGAGGUUCGUCCCAAAGAGGGUGAGACCGAGGAAGAAAAAGCCAACGCUCGCCGCAUCAAGGACGAGACGGAUGAUGACGGCUGGACCACUGUCCGCCGCUGAGCAACAUCUGCAUCCAAUUGGCUCAAUGAAAUUGGUUCUGAAAAAUAAAUUUGGAUUCCCAUCAGCCAGUUAUAAAUUAAUGGCCACACAAUUCUAAUACUCAUGUGCGUUAUUACUUUGAAUUGAAUAAUUAUAGACAAUAGUUUUCCUGGGGAAUUUUUUUUCUUUUAUCUCCAUUUCUUUACAGUUGUUUGAAACAGAGGCUCCCACCAGCCAGAACAACAUCAACCAAUGAACUUGUGUGUGCACUUUGGCCUCAUGCAAAUCAUCAGAGUAAGCAAAGCUGCCCCCAGUGGUUAGGAGUAUUAUUACCUUACAUGAAGAAGUAAAUCUAACUAUACUGAUAACAUAAUUAACUGCAACAACUUUCUAUGAAAAUUCAGAGCAUCACCAACUGCCUCUUUUUAAAUAAUUGCCAUUGCAUAGAUAAUAUGAUAUGAUAUAUGUUAUGAUAUAUUAUGAUAUGAUAUGAUAUAUGCCACAGAUCCACAACUCCCUGUAAAGGCAAUGACAAGAGUUGGUCAAAUGCUUUAGUGAUCUCUGCUCUUCAUGCAAUGUUUCAGAUGCUUCUUAACCUGUUCAAGAACUAUAUACAUUUACACUUGAUGUGCAUGCAUUCAAUUGAUCUCGCCUGAUAUCCAGUGUGUGGUUUUAUCUCUGCAACCAACGGUACCCAACCAGGUUGCAUGUCAACAGUUAAAGCCUUUAUUAAUAAAGAUGUUUGCUCACCA